AUGAAGGGCGCCAGGUUCAGCUUCAUGCUGUUUGGCCCCGGCUACGGGCGACUUGGCGGCAACUGUCAUUCGCUCAUCCCAGCACUCAUGGCUGGAGGCUUGUUGGGCCAUUUGUCCACAAAUCCAUCUGCUGCCAUCGACUUAUCGUUUCUGCGUCGUGACUGGUAUGGGAGCAGCAUUCGCCCCUUCCUGAUGGGAUUGUUUUUGGGCGUUGGCGUCGGAUACGCGUUGUACCCGCUGGCUUCACCUUAUGUGUCCGCUUGGUGGGCCUAUCUGCGUGGAAUCGUCGCGAGUUUCACCCGGCGUGGCGAGAAGGACGGGAACGGUACAGACACGCAGUAG